CUCGAAAACAGUAAUAUGGCUGUCACGAUCGUGUUGUCGAUUCUUGUAAUUCUGGUGAUUCUCUACCUCUUCUUGACGAAAAAUUAUAAAUAUUGGCAAAAACGUGGAGUACCUUGCCCUGAUGGAGCCUUGCCCGGUGUCGGUCACGUCUGGGAAGUCGCCACACAAAAGAUCACUAUGGGCGAGUGGUGUUGCAGGAUCUACAAUGCUUAUCGGGAUCGCAGCAUGGUAGGAAUCUACAAUUUCAUGACGCCGACGUUGAUGGUCCGCGAGCCGCAACUGGUAAAAACAGUGCUGCAGACGAGUUUUACGAACUUCCACGAGAACGGCUUCAAAAUCGAUCCGAAAUUGGAUCCUCUUUUGGCGAACAAUCCAUUCUUCACAUACGGUGAAAAAUGGAUGACCGGGAGAAAGCGCUUGACCUAUGCGUUCUCCAGCAUGCGACUGAAAAUCCUGCUCGAGACCGUCAAGCAGGUGUGCCAGACAUUCGAAGGCUAUCUGGACAAAAAAAUCGAUAAAGCUGGAAAAGUGGAGUUAGAGCUAAAGGAAUUGUUCUCCAGAUUCACCUCGCAGGUGGUAUCUAGUGCUGGCUUUGGCAUCGAUGGCUUAAGCUUCAACGAAGAGAAAGAGAAAGAUUCUUUCUAUGCAUUGGGCAAGUCCUUCCUGGAUUCGACCGUUUUGAACAACAUUAUCUUCACCCUUGUGUUUUUUAUACCGGCGUUGGACAUUAUGGAACAAAGAAGGAAGGAGACGACACCCAGAAACGAUUUUCUCCAGUUGAUGACUGAUCUGGAACGAACGGAAGGCGAUAAGUUUGACUUAGAAGUUCUCACGUCCCACGCGGUGUCGUUCUUCGUCGACGGUUAUGAAACUUCCAGCGCAGUCUUAAGUUUUAUAGGCUUCAAUUUGGCCAAUAACCCAAAAGUGCAAGAAAAGUUACGUGAGGAGGUGAUGUCUGUGCUGAAUAAAUACGAUGGUGUCAUUACUUAUGAAGCCUUGAAGGAUAUGACAUACAUGGAUCAGGUAAUAAAUGAAUCGAUGAGAUUCGUACCUACUCUGGGAUUCCUAAGCAAGGUUUGUACAGAUGAGACUGAGUUGAGAGGGUCCGAUGGGCUCGUCUGUCGCGUAGAACGUGGAACACACAUCAUGAUACCAGUUAGUGGCCUACACGCAGACCCACAAUACUGGGAGAAUCCGAAAGAGUUUGAUCCCGAUAGGUUUGGCCCAGAUAGAAAGCACAACAUCGAGAAAUUCACCUUUCUUCCUUUUGGCGAAGGACCGCGAAUGUGCGUAGGAAUGAGAAUGGCUCAACUGCAGAUAAAAGCGUGUCUGGCUACGUUCUUGAGAAAGUACAGCAUAGAGCUUUCUCCAAAGACACAGUUACCUUUAAAAAUGGUAUCUUCGACGUUCCUGGCCAAUGCAGAAGGCGGUCUUUGGAGCAUAAUCCGGCCGAUUUAACUACAAGAUUUUUCUUUACCUUUUUUUUUGGAUGCAUUUUUUGGGUUGUUAUUCGGUCGCGAUUUAAU